AUCGAACGUCGGCCAUAUCAGUAUCGCUCUAGUGGCGAACAGGUGUACAGUUAACCAACGCUGCUCCGCGCACGGCUUCUUUGAAGGACAAAUUAUUCGCCAGGUAAAAGACGAAAAAAUGGCUCGAAUCGCCGCCGUGAAGGAGCACGUCGAGAAAGCGUUGAGGGAUGAGAGCAAGCCAUGGACGAAGGUGUUCGCUCUCGCGGAGGAGAAGACCGGCGUCGAUCGGCUGUACGUCUUUGUUGGAUCAUUGGUGCUGCUGGCUUUAUACUUGGUAUUUGGAUUAGGACAACAGCUAGUAUGUAAUAUAAUUGGUUUUGUUUACCCUGCAUACCAAUCUAUGAAAGCGCUGGAAAGUCCCAAGAAAGAGGAUGACACAAAAUGGCUUACUUAUUGGGUUGUUUUUGCUGUAUUUACUAUAAUAGAGUUCUUCUCGGAGUAUAUCCUCUGCUGGUUCCCAGUCUAUUGGCUAUUCAAGUGUAUAUUCCAUGUAUGGUUGAUGAUGCCGACAGCUGAGUAUAAUGGCUCCAUGAUUCUAUAUCGACGUGUCAUCCGUCCAAAGUUCAUUCAAUAUCAACCUGGCUUAGACAGAUUUUUGUCUGAUGCACGUGACACAGCAGUCAAGACUGCAGCGGAUGCAUUGCUGACUAACAAGCAAGAAUAAUGAAGCUGUAAAUCAAACACAUAGAAAGUCCAUUUGUGUCUUUCCCCUUUUACUCAUUCCUAGCAGAGAGAAAGAGAGCGUGAAUUUUCAUCGAAUAUUGCGUAAUAUUAUUGAGCGUUGUUACAUUAACGACUAGAAAGAUAAAAAAUGCCAGAAAUUUCGAUUAUUCUGCAGAAUAAGCAACUGUCAGAUGGAUCAGGGAAAACUCAAAGUUGUUCCAAAUUUGUGAAUAGAUAUAUACGAUAGUGAAUACGUAUAUACAAAUGAAAAAAAGGCUCCCACUGAAAAUAAAUCAUUUCCAGUAUAACAUCCUGCUUUCAGAAUUACAAAGUAAUGUGAUUGAAAAUAGUUCCAGCAUACAAAUAAGUUUUAUUUUCAGAUAAACUCGGCUCAUUGUUUACAUUGAUUUUGAGCCAACUGAACAUAAAACUUGGAGUAUUCUUUGUAUAAUAGGUAGAUUGGUUGCGUGUGUUUUUGCCAUUUGUGUAAUCAUUGAUGAUAUAUGUGUUAGAAUACUUUAUUUUUAGAGGAAAUUUCACCAACAUUAAGCUUUAAUCUUUUGAUUUUAUUAUUUCAUUUUUUUCGAAAUAAUUAUUUACUCAAGUAAUGUUGAUUGUAUAUCAAAAUUUUCUUUAGUUUUCUAUCUUAAAACCUUUAUAAUAAAAUCUUUAUAGUAUUAGUUUGAAAUAGAUAAAAUGUUGGUGAAAUUAGCUUUUACUAGGUACAUUUUAUUGAGUAAGUUUAUCAGGUAUUGUUGAUGAGAAUCUGGUAAAAAUGAUUCAAAUAUCUAAAAAUAGAGAAGAUCGAAGGUAAUUGGAAAUAUAUAUAUAUAUAUAUAUAUAUAUAUAUAUAUAUAUAUAUAUAUAUAUGAUAUAUUCAAAUACGUAGUUAAAUUUAAUCUAAGAAUUUAAAAUCUCUGAUGACAUAUGUUGCCAUCAAUUUGUUAUAUCGCGGUAAGGUGAAACUUUUGAGAUGAAUCAGGAAUUAUUGCCUUCUAGUUAGUACACGAGUCGUCAAUGAAACGGCACGCACAAUUAGCUUAAAUUUGUACAUUAUAUAUGUGAAAUUGCGUCAUAACCUGCAUGCGAUUUUCUUCUUACAUUUAUAGUACAUCUCUACUAUCCUUGAACAACUUCGAUUUUUGAAGAGUAAAGACAAGCUUAAGUAUGCAUAUAUGUAUAUUGCUCAAAUUAUAAGCCACCUUCUUGUACAAUUUAAUAAUCACGUAUCCAACCAAGUCAAUGUUCCAUUUGUGAAUCUUACGAAAUUUCAAGUACAAUUUUUCUGUGUCUUUUCCGUCACACUUAUAGUUCUUAAUUCACAUAUGGAUAGUGUUACCAGUUGGUGCUGAGAGGAGGAUAUUUACGGGUUUUAAACAAAAUUGUAAAUUUAGAGAUAUUGACAAAAAUUAUAAGCCAUUAUACACGCACCGCAAUAAAUAUGUUUUUAUUUUA